GCAAGCAUUCUACACUGAAGUAGUACUUCUGGAUCAGAGCGGACGACAAGAAGAACCAUGCGUUGGGGAAUAGUAGUAUUGUUGGUAGUCGCUCUGGCAGGAGCCAGGGCACAGUCAGAAGACUCGGAAGACGCUGCUGCUGAAGCACAAUACUGCAAACGAUGUGGAAUUAACGAAGUUUGCUCGAAUUGUUACAACGACUGCCAAAAAACUUGCAAGAACAGAUUCCAAAACGACAGAGCGUGUAUCCAAGUAUGUAGAGGACCCGGAUGUGUUUGUCAAGAAGGCUACCUGAGGCACGACAAUGGUACUUGUGUACCCGAGUAUCAAUGCUCCCCUCCAGUUUGUAAUAAUGGAGAGGUGUACAACCAGUGUGGUUCUUCUUGUCCCACGUCCUGCGAGAAUAAAGACAACACGUGUCUGGUGUGCACUCUACAGUGCGUUCCCGGCUGUUACUGCGCAAAGGGGACCAUCAGAGGACCUAAAAACACUUGCGUCAAACCAGAAAAUUGCCCUCGACCCAAAUGCGGCCCAAACGAAGUGUUCAAUAGGUGCCCGCCGACAUGCCCACGCACCGACGAAUGCAAGGAGCUCUGGUCUAAAAUACCGUGUGAGCCAAUAGACUGCUGCCAUCCUCAGUGCCGCUGCAGAUCUGGCUACUACAGGAAGAACGGUGUUUGCGUUCCUUCCAAGGAGUGUAGUUCCUAGGCAAGUCUGGAUAUUUGAGUUUGAUGUAUUUUACAAACAAAAAAAAAUUAAAUCAGAGUUAAGCA